UUUUAUUUAUUAUGAAUCCGUUGAAAAUAACCUCUAACCUCAAUUCAAAUUUAAAUCAUUUAUAUGAUUUGUUUGGAGGGUUGAAUUGUUGUAAUCAAUUUUGAAAUAAUAGAAUGGCUUCUGGUAAUGCUCCACCACUUCGAAAAACCACGCGUUCUCUAAAACCCAGUUUGAAAGCUCUAGAAUCACAAUUUCUGAACCAGAGUAGUAAAUUGGAUUAUGAAAAGUACUCCAGUAGUGAAUCAGAUUCUGAAGAUUGCAAUUCCGAUAUUGAAAAGCCAAAAGUUAUUCACGAAAACGAAAUUAUCCAGGGAAAAGAUAUUUUCAAAUUUCAAACUAGGAAAAUAAGAGAUGGACUAGCUCUCAAAGUCGCAGAGGCAUGUACCCCAAAAACUCAGAGGCAGAAAGCUAAGAGUAGAAUUGCUAGAAUUAUCCAGGAAGAUUCUGGCAGCGAAUAUGAAGUUUCUUCAGAUGAGACCAGUGAAGAAAGCGAUGAGAAAAUCAGUAGUGACUCAGAAUCUGAUGUGGAUGAUAGAAAAGUGCAUAAGAUUAUUAACGAAUUCAAAGAUGUUAAAUUGAAGUCUUCUAGAGUCAAAAGUGCCGGUGAAUACACAAUCAAAACUGAUGUGUAAUUCAAUAACUGCAGUGGGAGUAAAAAAACUUCCAACACUUUAGACAAGUUGAAAACUCCCAGAUUACCCCAAUAUGAACUGCAGACUCUUUUACAAAAUAUAAAUUUAUCUGGAAAACAUGAAGAGGCUCUGCAGAAACUGUCCCAGAACAAUGAGAACUACUUUAAGAAAUGGUUGUUUCUCUUGAAUGAAAAUUUCAAUAUUCUCCUUUAUGGUUUAGGUUCGAAGAAAAAUAUUUUGAGAAAAUUUCAGUUGACUUACCUGAACCAAAUGCCAGUUGUUGUGGUGAAUGGAUUUUUUCCUACACUUACUAUCAAAAGCAUUUUGGACAAUAUUAUCACUGACUUAUUGAAAUUAGGUGAAAGUCCUGCUAAUCCUGUGGAGGCUUGCGAUUUAGUGAUAAAAGAACUGAAGAGACAUCCAUCAAUUCAUUUAUAUUUGAUAAUUCAUAAUAUAGAAGGGGAAACUCUAAGAAAUGGAAAGGCACAGAAUAUUUUAGCAAAUUUGGCUUCGACUAACAAUAUUCAUUUGAUAGCAUCAAUAGACCAUAUCAAUGCACCGUUAAUUUGGGAUCAUAGGAAACUAAGUAAAUUUAAUUACAUUUGGUGGGAUGUUACAUCUUUUUCGCCCUAUCGUGAAGAGACUUCUUUUGAACGGUCUAUGAUGGUCCAACAGAGUGGAACUUUGGCAUUGUCAUCUCUAAAGAAUGUAUUUUUAUCCCUAACUGUGAAUUCGAAGAAUAUAUAUACAUUAAUUGUUAAAUAUCAGCUGGAAAAUUCUAAAAAUCAAUACUACCAAGGAUUCGCAUUCAAAGACUUGUAUAUGGCCUGCAGAGAAUCCUUCAUAGUGAGUUCGGAUUUAGCUUUGAGGGCUCAACUAACGGAAUUCAUAGAUCAUAAAAUGGUUAAAUCAAGAAGAUCCGUUGAUGGUACUGAAUAUUUAUUAAUUCCUUUGCAGAAUGACUUGUUACAAAAGUUUCUAGAUGAGAUAUGUUGAUUCAGUUCAUGGUCCUAGAUUUAUAAGAUAAUUUGCUAUUUUUUAUAAACUGUAUAUAAAUACCUCAUAUCUUUGA